GCUAGCGCUCCGGGAGAAGGGUGGGCAGCGACACACCAGUGGGGAAGGGCAGCUCCCUGAGCUCAGGCCUUGUGGUGACCUCGUAGGUACCUGAAGAAGAGCCCAUGCCACCCCAAACCCUGGCACAGCAGAGGCUUUUAAUCAAGGGGGGCAAAGUUGUGAACGACGACUACUCUCUGGUGGCUGACGUGUACGUGGAAGAUGGAGUGGUGCGGCGAGUGGGACCCAACCUCCACCCUGAGCCACCCACCGGGGUCCUCGUGCUGGAUGCAACCAACAAGCUGGUAAUCCCCGGGGGCAUCGACACGCAUACGCACAUGCAGUUCCCUUUCAUGGGCAGCAGGUCAAAAGAUGACUUCUACACAGGAACAAAGGCUGCUAUAGCAGGAGGCACAACUAUGAUCAUCGACUUUGCUGUUCCUCAGAAAGGCUGCUCUCUUAUUGAAGCUUUUGAUACCUGGAAGAGUUGGGCAGACCCUAAAGUCUGCUGUGAUUAUGCACUGCACGUGGCAGUUACAUGGUGGAGCAACAAGGUAAAAGAAGAAAUGAAAAGUCUUGUCCAAAGCAAAGGUGUCAACUCCUUCAAGAUGUUUAUGGCCUAUAAAGAUCUAUACAUGAUCAAUGAUGAGGAAUUAUAUGAAGCUUUUUCUCAGUGUAAGGAACUUGGAGCAAUUGCUCAAAUCCAUGCAGAAAAUGGGGAGUUAAUUGCACAGGGUGCAAAGAAGAUGCUGGCCAUGGGAAUAACAGGCCCUGAGGGGCAUGAGCUGUGUCGUCCUGAAGAAGUGGAAGCUGAAGCUACACAGAGAGCAAUUACCAUAGCAAAUGUUAUAAACUGCCCCCUUUUUGUAGUCCACGUAAUGAGUAAAUCUGCAGCAAGGGUGAUAACUAAUGCGCGAAGAGAAGGGAAGGUUGUUUAUGGGGAGCCUAUUGCUGCUAGUCUUGGCACAGAUGGUACCAACUACUGGAAUAAAGACUGGGCGCAUGCUGCAGGUCAUGUCAUGGGACCUCCACUGAGACCAGAUCCUUCUACUCCUGAUUUUCUAAUGAACUUAUUGGCCAAUGAUGACCUAUCUGUGACAGGGACAGACAAUUGCACCUUUGACACAUGCCAGAAAGCUCUGGGGAAGGAUGACUUCACCAAAAUCCCUAAUGGGGUGAAUGGCGUAGAAGACAGGAUGUCAGUUAUAUGGGAAAAAGGCGUUUACAGUGGAAAAAUGGAUGAAAACAGAUUUGUAGCUGUUACCAGCACAAAUGCAGCAAAAAUCUUUAACCUUUACCCAAAGAAGGGGAAAAUUGCUGCGGGUUCUGAUGCUGACAUUGUAAUUUGGGAUCCCAAAGCUACAAGGACAAUAUCUGCAAAGACACAUCACCAGGCCAACAACUUCAAUAUAUUUGAAGGAAUGGUCUGCCACGGAGUCCCAGUUGCAACAAUUUCAAGAGGCAAAGUGGUUUAUGAAGAUGGGACUUUCAAUGUCACAGCAGGAGAAGGCAAAUAUGUCUCCCGUCCACCAUUCCCUCCAUAUGUCUACAAACGAGUCAGGCAGCGGGAUCAGGUCUGCCAGCCUGUUCCUGUUAAGAGAGCACCAUAUACAGACGUGGUCUCAGCAACACCCAACACACCGCAAUAAUAAGCUCAUUCCCAAGGUUUGGCUCUUGCAGAUAAAAGUAAAUGAAAGUGACCCCGCUUUCCCCACUGAAGCCGUGCAUGCUGAUUCCAACAAACAGUUGAUCCACAAUCAACUUUUCAAGAGCCAACAUCAGACAACAGUAACCAAUAAACAUUAUAUGGGGCUCCCUGCUUGAAAGUUGUCAUAGAAAUUUCUGUUUAGAAGGAAUUUGUUAUUAGAACUGGAAAAUUAUUUUAAGCAAAUGGAGUAAUAGUAAAAUAAUAAUUAGAAUUCUAAUGUAGCAGCAGGUCCAUAGGUUCUUAGAAGUAGGUAAGUUUGGAGAUUGUAUUUCUUCAUAUUUCUCUUUAGAAGAUAUCAGCCAAUCUAUAGAGUAAAAACAAUGAGUUUUCAGCCAGGGUUAAACAUAUUCUAUAUUCUUCCUCUGUUAGGUCACAGGAGAUAAGCCCGAAUACUCUAAUUUCAUGUGUUAGGAAAAACUCUGUUCAGGGAUUCAGACAUUUCUGAUAGCAGGUAGCUGAAUUUGAUUUCUGGUUUUUUUCCCUACCUGGAGGAAACAUCAGCUACAGCAAGACCCUGAUUUAUGGGAACUAUCUGUUACAGAAGGGAAUUGUAGCCGACUUAGCUUCAGCUUAGCAUAAGUCUGACUCUUGCUUAGCGUAAGUGCCUAAAGUCGGUGAAGCCUGCAGGCUGCAAGACUGCACUGUAACCCAGCGAACAUGGCUGACGGUGCGACUGCAAUAUCAGCUAGAAGCAGCCCUCAAGGAUACAGAACAGAGUGACCAGAAUGAA